GGGAGGAGAUCCGGCGUGAAGGCGGGGGGGUGCAGGCCAGGUGGCACCGGGUUAUGAAUCGGGCAGGCCGCACCCUGCCGUGAGCUCCCCGGGCCCUGCCUGGUGAGGGGGAGCUGCGAAGGAAUGCAGGAGUCAUAAGCCUUGCGACACCGUAAUUUGAAAUUAAAGUUCUUCUGGUUCGUGGCAGGGAGCCACCAGCUGAUGAUGAUUACCAGUGAGCGUUGACGUUUUCGCUUUAGUGGCAUGGCUGCAUUAAAUGAAACUGCCGGGCUGUAGUGUAUGGGUUUCUACAGACCAUGAUGAAAUUGAGAAGGUUGCAAAGCAGUUUGGUGCUCAAGUUCAUCGCAGAAGCCCUGAAGUUUCUCAAGACUCCUCAACUUCUCUAGAAGCUAUCAGAGAGUUUCUUAAUCAUCAUCAGGAGGUUGAUAUUGUAGGAAAUAUCCAAGCAACGUCUCCCUGUUUACAUCCCAGUGAUCUUAUAAAAGUGGCAGAUCUGAUCCAGAAGGAGGGGUAUGAUUCUGUCUUCUCUGUUGUGAGACGGCAUCAAUUUAGAUGGAGCGAGGUAAAAAAAGGAGAAAACAAAAUGACAGAGCCACAAAACCUGAAUCCAGCAAAACGGUACCGGAGGCAAGAUUGGCCUGGGGAGCUGUAUGAAAAUGGCUCGUUUUAUUUUGCCAAGAGACAUUUGAUUGAGAAAGGCUACUUGCAGGGUGGUAAAAUGGCCUACUAUGAAAUGCGCGCAGAGCACAGUGUGGAUAUUGAUAUAGACAUUGAUUGGCCUAUUGCAGAGCAGAGAGUAUUGAGCUUUGGAUAUUUUGGCAAAGAGCCAUUAAAAGAGGUGAAGCUAUUGGUUUGCAGUAUUGAUGGAUGCCUGACAAAUGGUCGCAUUUAUGUGACAGAAGAUCAGAAGGAAAUGGUCUCCUACGAUUAUAGAGACAUUGUUGGUAUCGAUCUAUUAAAGAAAAGAGGAAUCCAGGUUCGACUCAUCUCUGAAAGAGAUUGUUCAAAAACAGUGUCAGCCAUGCAGCUGGGAUGUAUAGCAAAAGUUAGUGCAACGAAUAAAUUACAAGUCCUGGAGGACUGGCAAAAAGACAUGGAUUUGAGCUGGAAAGAAGUCGCUUACUUAGGAAAUGAAGAGUGUGAUGUGGAAUGCCUGAAGAAAGCUGGCAUGAGUGGUGUGCCUGCUGAUGCUUGCGCAGUUGCUCAGAAGGCUGCUGGUUAUAUCUGUAAAAGCAGUGGUGGCAGUGGAGCUGUCCGGGAGUUUGCAGAACACAUAUUCAUAUUAUUAGAAAAAGUGAACUCUUUAAGAAAGCAAAUGGAAGAAAUGAGUUCAGCAGGAAAGAAAAUGGAAGGGAAAUGAAAACAGCAGGAGAGGAAAUAAGGGACUAAUGAAAAAAAAAAAAAAAAAAAAAAACAAAACAACACAGUUGGUCAAUCCCACUUUUCUUUUUCUCUUCCUUUCUGUUAAGUUUGUAUCCCAAAGGAUGGCUUAUCUUUUAACUUUUACAUUGCUGUAGAGUUAAAAAGAUGUUUCCCUCUAAUUUAAGGCCCCACUCUGAGUGCUGAUAUUCAUGAUCGUAUUUAUGAUUAGUUUAAAAGCCAUUUAAGUGCAAUGGAAGGAAUGUUACAGAAAGUAGUGUCCUAUAAACCUGCUCUUGAUCAUUACACCUGUUCUACAGGAAUGAUGUGUCUUUAUUUCAUAAUCUGAAUAUUUUGGGGGAUCAAUGAGUUUGCAUGACUUGAGGAUUUGUAAUUCAGACUUUAAAAAAAUAUUGCAUCAGUUUUGCUCAUUUGGUUUACCCUUCCUGUCAACAUGAUGUAGUUGUGUGCUUGCUUUUUAUGGGUUUUGUUCCAGUAAGGAAGAGUUUUAUCAUAUGACACAGAGGUCAGGUAUAAAAUAACUAUCAAACUUCUUCCUAUAUUUUUAAGACACCUCAGUUAAUGUAAAAGCAGUUAAUGCUAGUAUUAGUUAAGAAAAGCAGUUAAGCAUGUGUUCAAUUUCAAGCUCAUAAAUAAUUAAAUGGCAUCUGGAAUUAUGCCUCUUAUCUUUGAAUCUGUUUAUAUUGGGUUUUAUUGCAAUGCUUAAACUAACAUACCCAAAUGCUUUGCCAAAUUUGAAAUUAAAUUUCCCAUUAACUCUGAGAUCUUUCCUUUGCAGAAGCUCAGUUUCUUUCUAUGAAGGCUUUAUUACAACCACUAAUGAGUAGAAAAAAAUAAAAUCUUUAAUGUUUAUUGUAUGGGAAAGUAAAUGCUGUUUAAAAAAAAAAACAAAACAAAACCAAAACAACAACAACAACAAAAAAAAAAAAAAAAAAAAACAACAAAAACCAACCAAACAAACAAAAAAAAACCAACCCACAAAAAAAAGCCCAGAAAACUCUAUUGUUGAUUGUGGGUUUAUAUAAAUAUAUAUAUUCAGACUAUAGUGUGUUAAUUUAAAGCUGGUAUACAUCUAUGUUCGUAUUUAUGAAAAAUACAGUUUUUACUGGGUCAUGAUUUAAAGAACUCCGUAAAAGUUUGUAGAACUGACACUGAAAAUAUGCAUCAGUUUUCAGUCCUAGCAUUUAUCAGUGAGUCAAAUAGUGACUUGUGUUAUUCUAAAAAUAAAAAAAUACCCAUGGUACACAGGCAAUUACUACUGAGGUGAAUAAUAA